AUGUUUAGACAGAAUGUUUACCCACCAGCCAGUUAUAACAAUCAACCCCAAGAGAUUCCAUUGCAAUAUCGUCACGGCUAUUCUUCCAACAAUGGUAACUCGCAGCUUAGUCCUCACCAUAACAACAGUAAUCUUCAAUCGCCAGCGAAUGCAUAUCAUUCUGUAGGGCGUUCGCAUAAUAAUCAUCAAUUCGAUGCACAACAAAAUCAAGUUCGAAACUAUCAGCCAAAUGCGCCAUAUCGUCAAAAUUCUGCGAGUAGUAGUUCAAGCAAUGUAAGAUCCCCUGCUUAUCUAAAUGCUGCACAACUGUCUUCUUCCGCCUCAUCGACUACAUAUCGGGAUCGAGCUAUGCCAAAGCGUUUCUCUAUGGCAUCAAACGGAACAGGAACUGAAGAAAAGUACAAUCUUUCUCCUACUUCUAGUCAUCAUCUUCGGGAGAAUGAUUUCGCAUCACGUGAACCUGACGAUGAUUUACAUAAUCCUGCGGAGGUGAUUACUGGAAAGGAUCGUAAAUGUGUAUUGUUCUCAAAACGUGGAUGUUUAAAUGGUGGUGCAUUGGCUUUAAUUUUAUUCGGGAUUUUGGGAUUAUUUGCUGCAUAUCCUGUUUACACUGCCAUUAAAAAUGCCCAAACAUCAAAAUCAACUUCGACAACACCUAAUGGCGGAAAACUAAAGGCAAAAGCUGCGAUUCCCGUAAAUUUCAUCGAUCCAGAUACUCCAAGUUGGGCAAAAUCAAAAAGAUCAAGUGAUGGAAAAGAUUAUAAGCUUGUGUUUUCGGAUGAAUUUAAUAAAGAUGGAAGAACAUUCCGACCGGGUGACGAUCCUUUUUGGGAGGCGGUAGAUCUUCAUUACUGGGCUACUAAUGAUUUGGAAUGGUAUUCACCUGAUGCUAUUACUACAAAAAAUGGUUCGUUACAAAUUACCAUGACAAAAGAAAAGACGCAUAACCUUGAUUAUAAAUCGGGAAUGCUACAAAGUUGGAAUAAAUUUUGUUUUCAGGUUGCUGUAUCACUUCCUGGAGAUGGUAAAGUACCUGGAUUAUGGCCUGGGAUAUGGACACUAGGAAAUUUAGCUCGUGCUGGAUAUGGUGCGACUACUGAAGGUGUUUGGCCAUAUUCUUAUGAUUCAUGUGACGCUGGUAUACUAAAAAAUCAGACAGAUACCUCUGGCACUUUCUCAUACCUGUCCGGUCAACGUCUGAAUAAAUGCACAUGUCCCGGAGAAGAUCAUCCUUCACCUGGAAUUGGUCGUGGUGCUCCAGAAAUUGACGUGUUGGAAGCAUUUGUAGAUCCAAAUAAUCGCGCACAAAUAUCGCAGUCUGCACAAUUUGCGCCAUUUGACGCGAAGCAGCAAGUAGAUAAAAGACAUGUUUCUAUAUACAGUACUGGUAGAACAGUUUUUAAUUCUUAUGUCGGCGGGAUUUGGCAACAGGCUGUAAGUUCGGUGACGAUUAUGGAAAAAGAAGUAUUUAAUGGUAAAAGCUUUGAAAAAUAUGCAUUCGAAUAUGAACCGGGAGUAAAUGGUUAUAUUGAUUGGUCGAUUGAUGAUAAAUCUACUUGGAGACUAAAUGGACCGGCUGUUGGACCUAAUCCUCAUUCUCGUAUUAGUUCACGAUCAAUUAGCGAGGAACCAAUGGCGAAAUUUAGUGCUAUUGAUCUUGAGAAUUUAAAAUUCCCUGCGACUAUGCAUAUUGAUUAUGUACGAAUAUACCAAGAUCCAACCAAAAUUAAAACGUCAUGUAGUCCAUCGGAUCAUCCUACAGCUGAAUACAUAAAAAAGUGA